AGUGCAGAAGGAAGGAUACAUGUGCUCUUCGUAAGGGGACGAGGCCGCUGCUCACUUUAUGGUGCGAUUGACUACACGUAAGUUGUUGGCUCAACGUAAGGGACCCCUAACGACCUCUGUUUUCGACGUACUUCAGACGUGUAAAUGCUCUUCGUACGUAUCCAAAGGAUCGGAUGAAGGACAGUGUGCCGGAAAGUGGGUGCUGUUUCAUGCUUCUAUCACUACAAAGUAGGUCGACUGUUAGCAUCGGCGCACGGCGUUUCCCAAACCGAGUUGAGGCCGUUGUAUCGGAACCAACGCAUUGCUAGUGUUGACGGAACUAUUCGCAGGAAAACAUUUCUCUCAUCGGAAACGCUCGCCUGCUGCUGUGCUGACAGUGGAAGCUCAUGGCGCUCCUCCAGCUACAACAACCACUGUUUGUUUGAGACGCCAUUAAAAUACUUGAUUUAUUUUUAUUGGAAUUUUCUGAUGUGGUCCAAGAAAGCGAAGAAGGAAACGAGGAUAUAGGAGUUCUUACAGUCGUCAUGACAACAUGGUCCUCUGUCUGCUGACCGCAAAGUCACCCCCAUAGCCUGCUGCAAUUACUGCCUUCUCAUCAUCAAUAUGCAGCUGACCUAUCAGAAGCUGCCUUCUCAGAUAAGGCGGAGCGCGCAACUCCGGCGUCUGGCGGCAGCUCUGUUAGCUGCCUAUUGUGUCAAAAAGUUGUUGCCAUACGUCUGGAGGAGGAAGAAGGGCAGGACUAAGCUGGCUGUGGCCUUGGUCAAUGACCCUACGACCUCAAAUGUCCACAAGCUGAAGGAGAGCAUUAACAGGUCACCAUCAGUAAACAGGGAGUUCAUCGUGCAACUUGCUGACCUGCUGAAGUUGUUGUUUCCACGGUUCCUAUGUCCUGAAGUGGCUGUGCUCAUCAUGCACUCGCUCACUCUGAUGUCCAGAACCUUCUUGUCCAUCUAUGUUGCCUCUCUGGAUGGAAUGAUCGUCAAGUGCAUCGUGAAGAAGGACCCGCACGCCUUCUUACUCCAGCUCCUCAAAUGGCUUCUGGUAGCCAUUCCCGCCACCUUCAUCAACAGUGCCAUCAGGUUCUUGGAAGGUCAACUGAGCCUUCACUUCCGGAGCCGGCUGGUCACCCACGCUUACAAACUUUACUUCAGUAACCAGACGUACUACCGAGUCAGCAACAUGGACAGCCGCUUGUCCAACCCAGAUCAGUCACUGACAGAAGACAUUGUCAUGUUCUCCGCCUCGGUGGCCCACCUCUACUCCAACCUAACAAAACCCAUUUUGGAUGUGGCUGUCACUGGCUACACUCUGCUGAGAACUGCCCACGCCAAAGGAGCCAACACUACAUGGCCCUCGAUCAUCGCCGGCCUCGUAGUAGCGCUUACAGCCAAAGUACUGCGCUCAUGUUCACCGCAAUUUGGAAAGCUAGUGGCUGAGGAAGCACAGCGGAAAGGUGACUUAAGGCACAUGCACUCACGCAUUAUCGCCAACUCAGAAGAAAUAGCUUUCUAUGGAGGACACCAGGUGGAGAUGGCCCAGCUUCAGAGGCGCUACAAGUCUUUGUCCCACCAGAUCCACCACAUCUUGGUCAAGCGUCUGUGGUACGUCAUGCUGGAGCAGUUCCUCAUGAAAUAUGUAUGGAGCGCCUCUGGCCUGGUCAUGGUGGCUGUGCCCAUCAUCACCGCCACUGGAUACUCUGAACAUGACUCCGAUGAGGUGAAGCAAGCAGCCAUGGUGAUGAAGGAGGAGGAGCUUGUGAGCGAGAGGACUCAGGCCUUCACCACGGCCAGAAACCUGCUCAAUUCUGCAGCUGAUGCUGUGGAAAGGAUCAUGAGCUCCUACAAAGAGGUCACAGAACUGGCUGGCUACACUGCUCGCGUCUCAGAGAUGUUGGGUGUCUUUGAGGACGUCAGUCAGGGUAUCUACCGGCGUGCCUCAGACAGAGAUGUGGGGGUCCCAACAGGGGCAGCAGUGGUGCAGCACAGCCACAGAGUGUGUGGCCAUCUGGCGAUGCGAGGCCAGGUGGUCAGUGUGGAGAAGGGUAUUCGAUGUGAAAACCUGCCAAUCAUCACGCCGACAGGAGAUGUGGUUGUGUCCAGCCUAAACAUGCAGGUUGACGAGGGCAUGGAUGUGUUGAUCACGGGACCUAAUGGCUGUGGGAAAAGUUCUUUGUUCAGGAUCCUCAGCGGCCUGUGGCCUGUUUACGGUGGUGUUCUUUCACGACCAGAACCAGAACACAUGUUCUACAUACCACAGAGGCCCUACAUGUCUGAGGGGACGCUGAGAGAUCAGGUGAUCUAUCCAGACUCUGUGGAGCAGAUGGCACGCAAAGGAAUAACAGACAUGUUUUUGGGGAAGAUUCUUUGCACCGUGCAACUUCUCUACAUCCUGGAGAGGGAGGGAGGUUGGGAGUCAGUCACUGACUGGAAGGAUGUCCUGUCAGGAGGAGAAAAGCAGCGUAUGGGAAUGGCUCGCAUGUUCUACCACAGGCCCAGCUAUGCUCUACUAGACGAGUGUACCAGUGCAGUGAGUAUCGAUGUGGAGGGAAGCAUCUACCAAGCCGCAAAGGAAGCUGGGAUAUCCUUGCUCUCGAUCACCCAUAGACCUUCGCUCUGGAAGUACCACUCUCACAUCCUGCAGUUUGAUGGAGAAGGUGGUUGGCGCUUUGAGCAUCUAGAUGCGACCACUCGUCUUUCUCUGCAGGAAGAGAAACUGCGUCUGGAGAGUCAGCUGUCAGGAAUUCCCAAAAUGCAGCAGCGUUUGUCGGAGCUCUGUGUCCUGCUGGGGGAAGACCAUGGCAACGCCAUGGCCGACCAUGGUUCUCUGUCCUGAGAGAUGGCACGCCAAGGAUGAUGGGCAGGGUCUUCACGAGAUUCUUCAGGAUCAGGAAAGAUUGAUUUUUAAGGGGAAAUCCACUGGUUUGCAGUAACAAUGUAUCCAAUAAGUCAUGUAAUAUGUACUCUAUUUUGACAAUGUGAUGUUAAAUCCUCUUUCAUUUAAUACUGUUUUGAGAAGAUUUUUACAUGCGCGGAUGUGAGGUGUACUGUGCCGCAACAAAGGCUCGAUGACAUGGGACAUAAUUUAUGCCCAGGCUGAUUUCUUGGAUUUAUACUCAUCUGAUGAAGAAAUAGCAGUAUCGGUUGAUUGUGAAGACGGAGGAAUACUUCCAUAGACACCCGUGAGCAGCACAGCCGUGAGCGGCACCGCCGCUCGGUUGAUCAAAAAGACGGAGGAAUACUUCCAUACACAGCUGUGAGUGGCACAGGCGUGAGCGGAUCGGCCGCUCGGUUGAUCAGGAAGAUGGAGGAAUACUUCCAUACACAGCCAUGAGUGGUGCCGAUCCGGGGUUUGGAGGUUCGGUGAGUUCGCUCCCCGGCGAGUGAGCUCCAGGACUUGGGGAGCAAGCUCACGCCUCGGCCGCUCGGUUGAUCGGGAAGACGGAGGAAUAUGUCCAUACACAGCCGUACAGCCAUGAGCACCACUAUGGAAGUAUUCCUCUGUCUUCCUGAUCAAUCGAGUGGCCGAGCUGCUCAUGGCUGUGCUGCUCCCAGCUGUGUAUGGAAGUAUUCCUCCGUUGUCCCGAUCAAUCGAUACUGCUAUUUCUUCUUCACAUGAGGAUAAAUCUUGAGAAAUCAGCACUGGGCAUAAAUGGUGUCCCAUGUAAUCGAGCCUUUGUUGCGUCACAUCCGCGCACGUAGGUCAUGUGAGUCGUGAAAAUGGCAGCGCCCCUGAAAAUUCGUAAUUGUUGAUAAAAAUUCUUCUCAAAACACUAUAAAUGAGAGAGGAUUUAACAUCACAUUGUCAAAAUAGAUUACAUAUUACAUGACCUAUUGGAUGCAUUAAUGCAAACCAGCGGAUUUCCCCUUUAGAGGAAUAGUCCGGUAAACAAUGAAAAGCCUUAAUCCGAUAGGUCAUGUCAUAUUUACUACACCUUGACAUUUUGAGGUUAAUCCGAAAUCAUUUAACGGUGUUUUUAUCGGCAAUUAAAAAUUUUAAUGGGUGCUGCCAUUUUGAUGAGCCACAUGACCUACUUGCGCGGAUGUGAAGUAUUUUGUGCGUAAAAAAAGAAACGUGCAGUACCACCACCAUCGGACACGUGAAAAUGCCCCACUAAAUCACGAAGUUUUCCCAUAAUUCAGAUAGAAAUAAUGUGAGGAAGGCUCGAGAAAUAAUGUGAAGAAGGCUCGAUGGCAUAUUCUGCCCAGUAAGAAAAAAUUUAAGGACCCAGUGGCUAGCAACACUUUUACAGUACAAUGUCUUUCAUUUCUUCUUUUAAAUAACAUUGUUAUGAUGUUGCUCACCAAUGAUGACAAAAGUACUUCUAACCAUUAAUGCGACUUCUUGUGCUUUCAUCCUUCAUGCAGGCAUUGAGACUUCCAUCCGUUAAUCGUCAAUGUCAUUAAUUUUGAUUUGCCAUCAUGUUGGUACGAUGGUGAACAGUUCUUGCCGACAAAGGCAUGUCUUUUAUUAGUUUGAUUAUCUUGUCUUUAUGCGAAGUUCGCAAAUUGUUGAUUGGCAACAUCAAGUACAAAUGCUUUUACAUAAAUGCAUGAUUUUUAGUAUGUUAUUCAUGAAAAAAUGGCAGCCGGUAUGGACCCAUCAUUUUUUUCACCACAAAACAUGGUUUUGACGUAUAUGGAUUUUUGUAACACCCGCCAUGAAAAUCCUCUCGAGGGAUUUGUUUUCGAAAAGAAAGUGAGGUACAGGGUAGUAGCGCACUCAAGCAGUCUCAUCUUUUGAUACUAGUUUUACCUGCAGAAGCUCAUUGUUCCUUUGUGUUAGCCAAAAUGCCGGCUCGUCGUAUUGCUGGAUAUUGCUUGAGGUGGAGGUGGAUCGGGCUGGGAGGUGGUUUGGCCGCAUGAGGUUUAGCCAUGAUCUGCAUAUUAUGUAAAUACGGCUCGAAACGAUACGGUAAUAUUGCCCCGGUCACUUCACUCGGUUGUGAGAUGUUCUCUUCUUCGAAAAGAGCUUCCGUGUCAGAAGGGGCGUGUUCGUCUCCCAUAGUGGGUUACACAGCGUGUUUUCAAUGGUGAAUGUCCCAGUGUGACGUCACGGACAGAAGAUGCAGCCAAUAUGGCGACCAUUUGGAUGUCGUAUAAGACUUCCGCAACUUUGCACAUGGAUGACGCACUCUCCGCUCAUUUAUUUUUCCAGAUAGACAUUGAAGUGAAUAAUGUUAAUAUUUUUCAUUACAAUAUCUAUUUUAGAAUGUUUAUUGGAUAACACUUGACCUUUAAACACACAGCAAAACCCUCCCUCUCCACAAAUGCUGUCCAUUCUUGUUGAAAACUUCGGUAAUCCUCAUAUUUUUUUCUUUUGAGUGAUGUUUCUCAAAAGUUUCCAGAAUUACUGUUCCACACAAUUGUCAUUCGACCGUUGUGCGCCUAUGAUUAGUGAGUUAGACUCCGUGUCAUUCCCGUCUGAAAAUCAAUCCAAAUAUUCACCAUUAUUUACUUUUGCAAAUAUUCAGCAUUAUUUACUUUUGCAGGUUCAAAUAUGUAUGGACAUAUUCCUCCGUCUUCUAUCGUCUUUGAUCAACUGAUGCUGCUAUUUCUUCAGAAGAUGAGGAUAAAUCCGAGAAAUCAGCGCUGUCCGUGAUUGUGUUUGCGCACAGGAGACAUCACUUCCUGUUUUUUAAGUCAUGUGACUCGCCAAAAUGGCGGCGCCCAUGAAAAUUUGUAAUUGCCGAUUAAAAACACAAAUAAUUUAUAUCGGAUUAACUUCAAAUUUUCAAGGUACAGUACAUAUGACAUGACCUAUUGGAUUAAGGUUUUUCAUUGUUCAGCGGACUAUUGUUUUAAGUGUGAUAAUUGCAAUAUUUUUGGUCAAAGAAGAAUACCUUUAUUUUUCACUGAAGAUCUCAGACAUGGUGUUUUUAAGAUACUUUUCAAAAUAAACGUUUGAGGGGUAAAAUACAGUGACAACAA